AUGUCAAAGAGAAAGAAGAUUGCCAUAGUAGGCUCUGGCUGCAGCGGGCUAGCAGCGCUAUGGGCGUUGAAAAGUACAGAGCAUGAUGUCUAUCUUUAUGAAGCGAAAGACAGGUUAGGAGGGCACACGAAUACUGUUCCUUUCACGAAUGGUGGAAAGUCGACUAAUGUGGACACCGGAUUCAUCGUGCUGAAUAGCGCAACAUAUCCGAAUUUCAUUGCUUUCCUGAAACAUGAGGGUGUUGAUACUGUCCCGACCGAGAUGACGUUUGGCAUCUCUAGAGACAAGGGACUCUUUGAAUGGGCGGGAACAUCACUGUCUGCAGUCUUCGCUCAACGAAAGAAUCUACUAAGCUGGCGAAUGUGGCAGAUGAUAUUCGAUGUUGUCAGAUUCAAUCAAUUUGCUUUAGACCUUCUUGCUGAAGAAAACGAGAGCGAGCAAGAUCCGAGCGGUGCUGACGGCUACGUCUACCCCUUCUCAAAGCCCCACAAGCAGCAAAGCAUAGGCGAUUAUUUAGACGCCAAUGGCUAUUCCGAGGCGUUUCGGGACGACUACUUAAUUCCAAUGACAGCGUCCGUCUGGAGUACCAGUCCUGACAAAGCGUCCUUGGAGUUUCCUGCUAUCACGCUUGUCCGCUUCAUGUGGAAUCACCAUCUGCUGAAUACUGUUAUGGCUCGUCCAACGUGGAUGACCUUGCCUGGAGGUUCCCAAAAGUACAUAAAGUCAAUCAUGAGCGGCUUUCCAGAUGAUCACGUGUAUCUCAGCACCCCAGUGCGUUCAAUCAUUAACGUUGCUGGAGACUGUGUCUCGAUUGAAACGUCGGACGGCGCCUAUAGAGUCUUUGAUCAUGUCAUCCUAGCCACACAUGGAGACACCGCCGCUUCCAUCAUCUCUCCAGGUGCAACAAGCGAGGAGAGAACGAUCAUGGCUGGUUUCAAGACAAGCAGGAACACAGCAGUCCUUCACUCGGAUCUGUCUCUCAUGCCAAAGCGGCGCAUCGCUUGGUCUUCUUGGAAUUACAUCACUACCUCUCCUUCCCCAAAUAUUCAGCCAAGUAUUUGUCUCACUUACGAUAUGAACAUUCUCCAGCACAUUCCUGCUGCAGAUUUUGGCAACGUUCUAGUAACUCUCAACCCUCUAGAGCCGCCAGCCAAACAUCUCACCCAAGGAGAAUGGACAUAUCACCAUCCUCUGUACAAUGAAACCGCCAUUCGCUCUCAAGAUAUGCUACCACGAAUCCAAAACGUUCGAGGCAUCAGCUAUGCAGGAGCAUGGACAAAGUAUGGUUUUCAUGAAGAUGGAUUCAGCAGUGGCUUGAGGGUUGCAAUGGAGCAUCUUGGAGCAGAAUUGCCCUUCGAGUUCGUCGACUCAACUUUUUCUCGUGGGAGACGACCGUCGCUCAGCUGGGCUGACUUCACAUUGAGAGUCGUCAUCAACGCAAUUCUCGUUUUAGUUACCAUGAUCAGCCCGCUUUUAGGGCUCGUUAGGCGCCAUUUUCGUGGCUUCGAGAAGCGCAAGAAGAUAUCUUGA